AUGUUGGCCAGAAAUGCCGUCAUUGGCAGUAUAUCGACCGGUUCUUCCAUCUCGGUCGCAAUAAAUCGAGGUAUUCAUGCUAGUGCAGUCCGAAAAUGGAGGGAUUACGAGAAUGAGCGGCAUUAUGAGCCUGGAGAAGAUGUGUUCAAGAGAGUUUGGCAUGGUCUGACUUAUGACUACAGACGAGCACGAAGGAGAUAUGCAGAGGUAUGAAUUUUACUAUUUUUCUUUUGAUUUUAGGCACAAAGAUGGGCAAGACAAAGUUUUGAUUGUUUGAUGCGGAAGAUGGAUGAAUUUUUUUGUGAAAUCUUAGAUGCGGUUUGCUCUACGAUCUUUUGAAGUGACUAUCUGCAUUUACGUCGUUUUAAUGUGGUUUAGAGGAGUUUUUACCGAUUUUUCCGUAUCCGCCAGCUAAAUCUCUAGAGUAAUAGAAAAAGGAGUAUUUUGGAAGUGUCAGACGUUGUUCAUGCCUAUUUUAUAGUUAGUUAGUUGUAUUAUAGUUUGCGGAUUCUGUGGAAAUUAAUGCUGGAGCGAGGGCUAAUAAUUUUAAGUAGUUAUGAUCCAUUUUAUCUUGUCCAUGCGAUCUGAUGGACCGAUCUUAGGAAAAUCGUCGUCGUUGAUUGAAUUUGGUGGUAAACUGAUGAAAUAACGUCAAAUUAGCAGAACAAAGGGUAUUUGAACCUAAUCCUGACAAUACCGAAUAAAAUUGGUUUCAAUUUUUCAGCUUUUUUCCAGGUUGUAUUUUCCAUGACCCAGCAAAAUAACUUUUUUCAAAAUUUCCUUUUCCAGGCCCGGCAAGACGCUUGGCAACGUCGCCAUCCAAUUGCACACAUGAAGUCGAAGAUUCAGAACUACGAACUUCUCCCUUUCCGAGCAGAUUUUGUUAUCAUUGGAGGUGGGAUUAGUGGAUCAUCAACUGCAUACUUUUUAAAAAAUUGGUUCCGAGAUGAAGAUCUGAGCGUUGCAGUAAUAGAAGACCCUGACAAGGUGAGUAUUUUGAUAUUAGUGUUAUUCUGUUUUUAGUUCGCCACUUCUCGAUCAAUGUUGUCUUGUGGAGAGAUCACCCAACAAUUCUCAGAGCCAGAACUGGUGGAUAUGGCAAUGUUUUCGGCCGAAUUCUUAAGGCAUGCCGAUCAACAUUUGAGAGUCUUGGGUGAGAUAUCAUUUUCAUCUAAUCUCCAGCGAAAAAUUAUCUUAUACUUGAUAUCAGCCUCAUGGAUAAUAUAAUUUUUUGCAGAUAGUGAGCCGCCAAAGCUCUCGUUUCAUCCUUGUGGCUUUAUGCACUUCGCGACAAGUCAAGAAUCCGCCGAUCAACUCAAAGAGACUUGGAAAAUGCAAAUGUAUGUUGUACAAUAUUUUUUUGUUUUUAAUUUUUAGAGAAACUUGGAUUGAAAUGCAUCGUAAAUAGUUCAAAAUUAAAUAAAACUGUAUAUUGACGUAUUUUACAAACUUUUUUUUCAGAUCCCACGGGGUAAAAGUUGCUUUUUACUCCAAAGAUGAAGCUGAACAAAAAUUCCCAUUCAUGAACUUUGAUGGUGUUUUCGCAGUGACGUAUGGCCUGGAAAACGAAGGAUUCUUCGAUCCGUGGGAAUUUUUGGGAGCUCUAAGGGAAAAGAAUAUCACUUUGGGCGUGGACUACUAUCAGGUAGGGAUAUUUUGGGAUUUUAAGAUGAUUUUUGAAAAUUUUUGUGGAAAUAAGGGAUGAAAAUACGUUGUAAAGGUGCUUUAUGGACUUAUGAAGGUUAUAUCAGGUUCAUCUCCCCGAUUUUUUGAUGGAAAUUUGAAGAUUUUGAUUUUUUUGUCAUGGAUAAUAUAAUUUUUGCCGAUUUUGGUGGGAAUUUUUGUUUUAGAUUAUUGAAAAUGUUUUUACUGGGCUUGAAAUGACCUGAAAUUAGUUAAUUUUUUUGUUUUUGGUAAAUAGUUGCGUUUUAAAAAAAUUUAUUACCUAAAAUUUUGAAUUUUUGCUAUUUUCCCCAUUAUUUUGGUAUUUCCCCAAAUUUUCCUUCCAGGGCAGAGUCGAAGACUUCAAAUUCCGCCAGCCUGCUCUCUAUUCGAACCCACAGGGCCGCGAUCCGGAUGCCGACGACAUUUUGGAGACCCGAAAGACGAUGGCAGGUGUAGUGGUGCAGCCGAAAAUGACCGGCGCUUCCUCAAGACCCAUCAAUUUCUACCGACUCAUCAACGCGGCCGGCCCCUGGGCCGGCGAAAUCUCGCAAAUGGCCGGGAUCGGCAAAGGAAUAGGAGGUCUGGCGGUUCCCGUCCCGAUUGAGGCCAGAAAACGACAAUAUUUUGUUGUACAUGCACCAGACGUCCCGGCCCUGGAAAUGCCGGCCUUAAAUGACCCAAGCGGCGUGUUUUGCUGGCCCUAUCAGCCGGGAUACUCGUUUAUUUGCGGAAAGAAACCGAGUAAAGUGAGUUUGAGAGAGGGGAGAAGGUAUAUUGGAGAUGAAAUUUGACCUCAUGGUGAAUAUAAUUUUUGAAAAAAGUUUGAUUGAAAUAGAAAAAUAAUGGUAGUAUAGAGAGAUUCGAUGAUGUUGAUAAAGAUUUGAGAUGGUUUGAAGUUUUUUUGAGGCAGUUUUGGCAAGUUCGAACCUAAAGUAAUAUAAAAAUUGAUGAAUUUUGGGGUUUUUGAUGGAUUUAGUGGUUCGAAUGGAUUUAAAUGGUGGUUUUAGUCUAUUCAACUGGUGAUACAACAGCCCAAAUCUUUUUUUGAGACAAUUUUUUUUCUAAAUUGUCAUGGAUAAUAUAAGAAAAUUGAGUUUUAGAUUCUUUUAACCCUUUCCGGACGAGUCGGCACCUCCAUGCAGAAAUGAAAGAGGGUACCCUACUGAGUAACGGCAUAAUAGUGGUUCAGCCCAUCGAAGCGUUAUUUGGGACUUAUGACAAAAAAUGUCCUAAAAAGUACCCCCAGUUGACAUAACCCUUAUAAAAUUUUGCUAACGACCUGUAAAUUAGAAACUACCCCUAAGUUAAAGUCUAACACUCCUACUACUGUUACAUCCAAGAACUGUCCAAAUCGGACCACUACGGGAUUAGUUAUCGACUUUUGGAAAUUGAAUUUUAAAUUUCGACCAAUUUUUGGCCCAAAAUUGAGUAUAUCUUCCGCCGGAAUCAACCAUUUCAGUCUAAAUGUGGUUUUUCUGAAUCUAGAGUGACGCUAGCUUCUUCCCAGAAUGUUUCCAGAAAAAACCUACAGGGCACGUUUCUGUAAAAAGCGAAAAGGUUGAAAGCGUAAAGGUUUCACCGUAUAAAAUGUCGCCGCAAGCCGAGAAGGGUCGGGCGCAGCUCGAAAGGCGAAAAUAAUAUACAUUUUUUUGAGAAAUACUAUUUUAGUGUGAAACUAAGAAAAAUCCAAUGAAAUUGCCUGAAAACGCAUUAAAAAUAUUAAAAUGACAUUGAGUUAAUGUUUGCGUGCUCUGUCUGUCUGUAUUUCAUCUGAAUUCAGCUUGUCGACACUAAAAUAAGAUUUUUCGAAGAAAAAAUAUUAUUUUCGCCUUUCGAGCUGCGCCCGACCCUUUUCGGCUUGCGGCGACAUUUUAUACGGUGAAACCUUUACGUUUUCAACUUUUUUGCUUUUUACAGAAACGUGCUCUAUAGGUUUUUUCUGGAAACAUUCUGGGAAGAAGCUAGCGUCACUCUAGAUUCAGAAAACCACAUUUAGACUGAAAUGGUUGAUUCCGGCGGAAGAUAUACUCAAUUUUGGGCCAAAAAUUGGUCGAAAUUUAAAAUUCAAUUUCCAAAAGUCGAUAACUAAUCCCGUAGUGGUCCAAUUUGGACAGUUCUUGGAUGUAACAGUAGUAGGAGUGUUAGACUUUACCUUAGGGGUAGUUUCUAAUUUACAGGUCGUUAGCUAAAUUUUAUAAGGGUUAUGUCAACUGGGGGUACUUUUUAGGACAUUUUUUGUCAUAAGUCCCAAAUAACGCUUCGAUGGGCUGAACCACUAUUAUGCCGUUACUCAGUAGGGUACCCUCUUUCAUUUCUGCAUGGAGGUGCCGACUCGUCCGGAAAGGGUUAAGUGUCCAUAGAACUUGAUAAUAAUCUUGUGUGGCGAUGGGAGGAUUUUUUAAUGCAAUGGCGGAUCUGAUCCAGUGGCAAACAACGUGCCAUUUUGCAUCCGGGACGUAUCAAAAACGCAGCAAAAUAUCUCCAAGUGAAAAAAUUCCGAUUUCAAAAGCGCGCCCGCUCCUUUUUUGAGGGAAAAGGCACAGUCUAGAAAACGGAGUUUUUUUACAUUAGAGGGAUCUAUUUUGCUGCGUUUGUGAUACUUCCCGGAUGCAAAAUGGAACGUUUUCUGCCAAUGGAUCAGGUCCGCCACUGCAUUAAAAUCCUCCUAACGACACAAAAAUUUUUUAUCAAGUUCUAUAGACACUUAGAAGCAUCCAAAAAUCAAUUUUCUUAUAUUAUCCAUGACAAUUUAGAAAAAAAUUUUGUCUCCAAAAAAGAUUUGGGCUGUCGUAUCACCAGUUGAAUAGACUAAAACCGCAAUUUAAAUCAUUUCGAACCGCUAAAUCCAUCAAAACCCCCAAAAUUCAUCAAUUUUUAUAUUACUUUAGGUUCGAACUUGCUACUGUAAUAAUAAUGUUGAAGCCCAAAUUCAGCGGAGAUCCGUAUUUUACCCUCAAAAAUUUUCAGGAAGAAGAUGCCAAAAUUGACCAUAGUAAUUUGGAUGUGAACUACGACUACUUCCAUCAACAAAUCUGGCCAGUUCUGUGCCAUCGAAUCCCCUCGUUCAAGAACGCGCACGUCAUGAACGCGUGGGCCAGCUACGAGGACGUGAACACCUUCGAUGACGCCCCAAUCCUCGGAGAUCAUCUCCAAUUCAAGAACUUUUACACAAUGAGCGGCUUCGCCAAUUAUGGAGCACAAAUGGGCAUCGCCGCCGGAAAAUUGUACUCGGAAAAGGCGAUGGAAAUGGCGUAUAUGACAAAUAAUGUCCGAAAAUAUGACAUGUCGAGGUUGUUGAUGGGCAAAAAGUACAAGGAAACACUCAGGGUGUAG